CACAUUCGUCACCUAUCUUCUUCUUCUUCUUCACAAUUUGAAGUCUCUGAAAAUUUCCCAUUUCCUCAGUUUCCUUCUUCUCCCCAAAACCGGAGCCAAACCCUCUUUAGCUUCUCAGAUCUGCAUGAACUGCAUGGUUGGGUCCGAUUUCGGUGCUUAAAAGCUUGACCGUCGUUCAGGGCCACAGAAAUUCCCUAGUGCUCAAUUGUGAAAUUUUCUACUGAAGUUUCGGUGUGGGGAUAUCGGAGCUGUUCGAGGUUGAAAGUGGGGUUGUGACCCGUUUCGAUAGAGCCCCUUACUGCUUCUUUUGAGGGGGUAGCCGGGGCUCCGGCCUCGGCGGGUUCUAAAGCCCCCAUUCUUUACAAACUCAUACAAAUCAAACCCUAACCCCCCCUUUCCAAAUUAUUUUUCUUUUUUCCUUUUCGUUCUUUCAUUCUUUGAUUAGGUAGUCGCGGAAGAGAUGCCGGCCCUGGCUUGUUGCGUGGACGCUGCAGUGGCUCCUCCCAGCUACGCCUUUGCCGGGGAUAGCUCUCUUCCCGCGCCGGUCCCAUUUUCCGGCGUAUUUCCGGCCACCGCCUCCGCCGCCGCCGCUUGGUCUACCUCUCUAUCCAACGACCUGUACCGAAUCGAUGCCUGGGGUGGGCCCUACUUCACGGCCAAUUCCUCCGGCAACGUCUCGGUCCGGCCUUACGGGUCCGGGACCAUGCCCCACCAGGAGAUUGAUUUGCUGAAAAUAGUGAAGAAGGUAUCGGAUCCCAAAUCCGAAUCUGGUCUCGGGUUGCAGCUCCCUCUCAUUGUUCGCUUCCCCGAUGUGCUUAAGAACCGGCUCGAGUCUCUCCAGGGAGCUUUUGAUUUUGCGGUCCAGUCCCAGGACUACGGGUCCCACUACCAGGGCGUCUACCCGGUGAAAUGCAACCAGGACCGGUUUGUCGUGGAGGACAUUGUCCGGUUCGGGAAGCCGUUCCGGUUCGGACUGGAAGCUGGUUCGAAGCCAGAGCUUCUCUUGGCCAUGAGCUGCUUGUGCAAGGGUAACCCUGAGUCCCUCCUGGUGUGCAAUGGAUUCAAGGACUUUGAGUACAUCUCGCUUGCUCUGAUGGCGAGGAAGCUAGAACUGAACACGGUGAUUGUUCUUGAGCAAGAGGAAGAGCUGGAUUUGGUGAUUGAAUUGAGCAAGAAGCUGGGGGUUCGUCCCGUGAUUGGUGCCCGUGCCAAGCUCAGAACCAAGCAUUCUGGCCAUUUCGGGUCCACUUCCGGCGAGAAAGGGAAGUUCGGGUUGACAACCAUUCAGAUUCUACGCGUGGUGAAGAAGCUUGAGCAAGUAGGUAUGCUCGAUUGCUUUCAGUUGCUGCAUUUUCAUAUCGGGUCUCAGAUCCCUACGACUGCUCUGCUGGCUGAUGGUGUAUCCGAGGCGGCGCAGAUCUAUUGUGAAUUGGUCCGUCUUGGUGCCCACAUGAAGGUCAUAGACAUUGGAGGUGGUCUGGGUUUAGAUUAUGAUGGAUCCAAGUCCAGCGACUCAGAGAUUUCUGUUAGCUAUGGGCUUGAGGAGUAUGCAAUGGCUGUUGUUCGAACUAUCCGGUAUGUCUGUGACAGGAGGUCAGUGAAGCACCCUGUGAUCUGCAGCGAGAGCGGCAGAGCGAUUGUGUCUCAUCACUCUGUUCUGAUAUUCGAAGCCGUCUCUGCUAGUGCUUGUGAUGUUGCUCCUUCCAUGUCUGCUUUUGCGCUUCAGUAUUUCAUUGAGGGACUUACAGAGGAAGCUCGUGCUGAUUAUCGCAACCUUUCGGCUGCAGCAAUCAGGGGCGAGCAUGAAGCUUGUUUGACAUAUGCUGAUCAGCUGAAGCAACGCUGUGUUGAUCAAUUCAAGGAAGGGUCUCUGGGUAUUGAACAAUUAGCCACUGUCGACGGGCUGUGUGAUUUGGUCUCGAAAGCAAUUGGAGCAUCCGAUUCAGUUCGUACAUACAACGUGAACCUCUCUGUUUUCACUUCAAUUCCUGAUUUCUGGGGCAUUGGGCAGCUUUUCCCUAUUGUUCCAAUUCACCGGCUUGAUCAACGGCCGGCUGUGAGAGGUGUGUUAUCGGACUUGACCUGUGAUAGUGAUGGAAAGAUCAAUAAGUUCAUUGGCGGGGAGUCCAGCUUGCCGCUUCAUGAACUGGAAGGCAAUGGCUCUGGUGGGCGGUACUAUUUGGGAAUGUUCUUGGGUGGGGCUUAUGAGGAGGCACUUGGAGGAGUCCACAACCUGUUUGGAGGACCGAGCGUUGUUCGGGUCUCCCAGAGUGACGGUCCAUACAGCUUUGCGGUUACGCGAGCCGUGCCUGGGCCGUCUUGUGCAGAUGUACUCCGUGUGAUGCAGCACGAGCCCGAGCUCAUGUUCGAGACGCUCAAGCACCGUGCCGAGGAGUGUGGUGAGGUCGAUGAAGAUGGAAUGGCGAAUUCAGCUUUGGCCGCCAGCCUGGCACGCUCCUUCCACAACAUGCCGUAUCUGUCUGUAGCUUCGUCUUGUUGCCUGACUGCAAUGAACAACCAUGGUUUGUACUAUUGCAGUGAGGAUGACUAUGACAUUGUUGCUGAUUCUGGUGCUGCUGGCGAGGAGGAGCAGUGGUCAUACUGCUGUGCUUGAGGAGCCAAUUUAGUCAGUCUUAGCAUUCCCUUAUUAGUGUUGUUGUUGGUGGUUUGUUCCGCUGGGAACGUCUACUUUAAUCUUAAAUUUUAAUUUCUCUCUUUUUUGCUGUUUAAUUUUCAUGAAAGGCAAAGGAUGUAAGAAAUCAAGUCAGAGUGAGAGUCCUUUGCAGUUUGUGGAAAAGAGGGAAUAGGAGCCGAAUCCAAGCUUUUGUAAAUUCGGGGCCUUAUUCCCUCUUCCUAUGUUACUUUUUUUUUCUUCCUUAAAUUAAGAUGUUAUGAACUUAUGAUAGCUUCAACCUAAUUUCUCUC